CAAAACAACAGUCACGGAUCUCUCGAGAUUUUUUGGAUCUCGUCAAAAAACAUCAGUACCCCGACCCCCCAGCAUACAUUCUCUGGAGUAAAGCAUCCUUACCAUGUCUCACAGCAAGUACCAAUCGCCAUUGACCUCACGCUAUGCGUCCGAGGAAAUGGCCCAUAACUUUUCCGAGGACAAGCGUUAUAUCACUUGGCGCAAACUUUGGUUGAAUCUCGCUAUUGCUGAAAAGCAACUCGGCCUUACGGAUAUUACUGAUCAAGCUAUUGAGGAAAUGAAGGCCAACCUCGACAACAUUGACUAUGGUGUUGCUGCCGCUGAAGAGAAGAAGAGACGUCAUGAUGUUAUGGCUCACGUUCAUACUUUUGGAUUGGUUGCUCCUGCCGCUGCCCCCAUUAUCCAUCUUGGUGCCACUUCAUGCUACGUUACUGACAACGGUGACUUGAUCAUCAUCCGUGAUGGUUAUGACAUUGUUCUGAAGAAGUUGGCUCGUGUCAUUGACAUUCUUUCCAAGUUUGCCGCCGAAUAUCGUGACAUGCCUACUCUUGGUUUCACUCACUUCCAACCUGCUCAGCUCGUUACUGUUGGAAAGCGUGCCACUCUUUGGAUUCAAGAAUUGCUUUGGGAUCUUCGCAACUUCGAACGUGCUCGCAAUGAUCUCAAGUUCAGAGGUGUCAAGGGUACCACAGGAACUCAAGCUUCUUUCAUGGCUUUGUUCAAUGGCGAUCACGACAAGAUCGAAAAGUUGGAUGAAUUGGUCACUGAGCUCUCUGGCUUCUCUGAACCCUACCCCGUCUGUGGCCAAACUUACUCCAGAAAGAUCGACAUUGAUGUCCUUCAGCCCCUCUCUGGGUUCGGAGCUACUGUUCACAAGAUUGCCACCGAUAUCCGUCUUCUUGCUAAUCUCAAGGAGAUUGAGGAGCCUUUUGAGAAGGAUCAAAUCGGAUCUUCUGCUAUGGCUUACAAGCGUAACCCCAUGCGAUGUGAACGUGCUUGCUCUCUUUCCCGCCAUCUCAUGACAUUGGCCAACAACGCUCUUCAAACCAGCGCUGUUCAAUGGUUCGAGCGUACUUUGGAUGACAGUGCCAACCGUCGUAUUUCUCUUCCUGAAGCUUUCUUGACCACUGAUAUUCUCCUCACCCUUUUGCAAAACAUCUUUGAAGGCAUGGUUGUUUACCCCAAGGUCAUCGAGAGCCGCAUCAACCAAGAGCUGCCUUUCAUGGCCACUGAAAACAUCAUCAUGGCCAUGGUCAAGAAGGGUGGAGACCGACAGGUCUGCCACGAGGAAAUCCGAGUCCUUUCACACCAAGCUGCCCGUGUCGUUAAGAUGGAAGGUGGACAAAAUGAUUUGAUCGAACGUGUUAAGAACACUGAAUACUUCAAGCCUAUCUGGGGUGAACUCGAUUCACUUCUUGAUCCCUCUACCUUCAUUGGUCGUGCUCCUCAACAGGUCGAUUCAUUCCUUGAGAAGCAUGUUAAGCCUGCUUUGGCUCCUUAUUCCGGAGACCUUAAGGCCUAUGCCAAGGCUGAACUUUCUGUUUAGAUUAGAAAUUCUCCCGAAAUGAAACGUUUUUUCUUAGUAGAUGCCCAACCUCAUUCGUAC